CUGCUCGCGACUUCACAGGGUCGUAACUCGGUAACUGCUAUAUAAAGGGGAGCCCCAUGAACCUAGACGCCAUUGCGCAUCAGAAUAGAAAGUACGAACAAAACUGAAUCUUGGAACUCUCUCGACACUACCACCACCACCAUCAAUGGCCGCUACGAGCGUGAAAGAGCAUCUUCCCCCACCAUUGGAUGCCACUUCCAACCCACCUCCUCUCUUUGAUGGAACUACGAGGUUGUACAUCUCUUACACAUGCCCAUUUGCACAGCGUGUGUGGAUUACCAGGAAUUAUAAGGGAUUACAAGACAAGAUUAAAUUAGUUCCAAUUAACCUCCAAAACAGGCCUGCUUGGUACAAGGAAAAAGUCUACCCCGAAAACAAGGUGCCAUCAUUGGAACACAAUGGCAAAGUCAUUGGGGAGAGUCUUGAUUUAAUCAAAUAUGUAGACAGCAACUUUGAGGGGCCUUCUCUUUUGCCCAAUGAUCCUGCGAAAAAAGAGUUUGCUGAAGAGUUGAUAGCCUACACUGACACCUUCAACAGGACAGUGUUUACAUCAUUCAAAGGAGACACAGUAAAAGAAGCUGGUCCUGCUUUUGAUCACUUAGAAAAGGCUCUUCAUAAGUUCGAUGAUGGGCCAUUCUUCCUAGGCCAAUUCAGUGCGGUGGACAUAGCUUACAUUCCAUUUGUUGAAAGAUUCCAAAUCUUCUUAUCGGAUGUGUCGAAGUAUGAUAUCACAGCAGGAAGGCCUAAACUUGCAAAAUGGAUCGAGGAGAUAAACAAGAUCGAUGCUUACAAGCCAACAAAGACGGAUCCCAAAGAGCUUGUUGAAUCCUUCAAGGCUCGCUUUACGUAGUGAGUAUGCCAGCAGGUCUUUUGGACAUGAAGAACUGAAAUAAAGUGGCUUUGAGCCUUCAUGUAAUAUUUCUUAUUAUGUAAAGAAUGCCUUGUGUGCGUAUGUAGUAGUUGAAGAUAAGGGCUACAAGCCUACAUCUAGGUAUCAGGUGUGGUCAGCAUGUAUGGAUUAUCUAAAUAAAUGGAAGUCAUUCUGUACUGAAAAGUUACCAUUUUAAUAAUGAUAGUUAUGUUUUUGUUUUUAA